AUGAAGAUAAUGCUGUCCAAGCUGCCUCGUCCCUGGAUAGUGGACGCUGCCAAAGACGAUGGCUACACUGCACUUCACUUAGCUGCGUUAAAUAAUUACGCAGAAAUCGCCGAACUACUUGUCCAAGGUGGAGCCCAGCCAGACCUACAGAAUGCGAACAUGCAAACAGCACUUCAUUUAGCCGUCGAAAGACAGCAUACACAAAUAAUACGUCUCCUUAUUGCAAAUGGAGCGAACCUCAAUAUUUGUGAUAAGGACGGCGACACUCCCUUACACGAGGCUCUGCGCCAUCACACUUUGCAGCAACUACGACGUCUGCAAGAAGAUACAGUGUUCCCCACACUAGGUGGUAUUGCGACCGCGCUUGAUAAGAAAUCAUCAGCAUCCAUAGCAUGUUUCUUGGCUGCCAAUGGAGCUGAUUUGAGUAUAAAAAAUAAAAAAGGUCAAACGCCAUUAGAUCUUUGCCCAGACCCGCAUCUACGUAAAACGCUGACAUCAUACCGAAAGGGAGGCCCAACCGACGAUACCCCCGAGACCGAGAUUCGCUCCUUCAGUCCUCCCGUAGCCAGCACAUCUACAGAGACCCCUGCACCAGCUCCGGAGGCCCCUGUCAAAAGUGAAACGGAAGAAGAAUGUCUAGUAUGUUCGGACGCAAAACGAGACACGCUUUUCCGACCUUGCGGCCAUAUAUGCUGUUGCAAUGUUUGCGCUGCGCGGGUGAAGAAAUGCUUUGAAUGUCGGGCUCCCGUUACGUCUCGUGCUCGUGUUGGCGAAUGUAUGGUGUGCUCUGAAGCACCAGCUACUGUGGUGUUCCGGCCUUGCGGUGACGUGUGCGCUUGUGCAUCGUGCGCACCACUGAUGCGCAAAUGCGUCAAAUGCCGUACACCACUACAACCUCACAAUUUGCAUAAAAAUGAAUUAACAAAAGAGUGUACCAGCAAUCUGGUGACUGCGGUGCCAAAUAAGGGUCAGCCAGCGGUGUCCCCGGCUGGACCUCACGUGAUGAAUAACACACGUCAGCCCGGCGCGCCCUCUACCGCAGAAGUACAGAAAUUGCAACAGCAGUUGGAGGAUAUCAAGGAACAGACCAUGUGCCCAAUAUGUCUGGACCGCCUCAAAAACAUGAUAUUCCUAUGUGGACAUGGAAUGUGCCAAAUGUGCGGAGAUUGCAUCACCGUUUGUCCAAUUUGCAGAAAACAGGUUGAAAAGCGUAUAUUACUCUAUUAG